CAUUUUGUAACUAGUUAAAAUUUUAGAUGAUUAGUUAAAAUAAAUUUGUGUGAUUUUGUUGUUGUAUAUGUAUAUAAAAAUUUAAAUUAGUAAUUUUUUUGAAGUCUUUAAUUUGUUUAUAAUUAAUAAAAAAAUAUGGAAAACACUGUUCUUAAUUAUGAAGAUGAACUCGAACCAUCUUUGCAAAAUGUAAUUAAUCAAGAUACUUUAAAAUGGAUAUUUGUUGGUGGUAAAGGAGGUGUUGGCAAAACAACCUGCAGUUGUAGUUUAGCAAUUCAAUUAGCUAAGGUUCGUGAAUCUGUGCUUUUGAUUUCAACUGAUCCAGCACAUAAUAUAUCAGACGCAUUUGGGCAAAAAUUUACUAAAGCUCCUACCAAAGUAGAUGGAUUUAACAACUUAUUUGCUAUGGAAAUUGAUCCUGAAGUUCACAGUAAUGAAACUGAACAGCUCUUAAGCGGAGAAGAUGAAUCUGAUACAAUAAAACUUGGAAAAAGUAUUUUACAAGAUAUAAUAGGAGCAUUUCCUGGAAUUGACGAAUCUAUGAGUUAUGCUCAAGUAAUGAAGUUGGUCAAAACUAUGGACUUUUCUGUUGUUGUAUUUGAUACAGCUCCAACUGGUCAUACUUUAAGGCUAUUAACAUUUCCAUUAAUGAUUGAAAAAGCUUUAGAAAAAUUAUUAGAACUUAAAAAUAGAGUUGGCCCAUAUCUUCAACAAAUGAGCAUGCUUUUUAGUGCUGGCAUAAACAUUGAUGAUAUAUCUGGAAAAAUGGAAGAAUUACUAGCUACAAUUAAAACUGUUAACCAACAAUUUAAAAAUUCAGAUCAAACAACAUUUGUUUGUGUGUGCAUUGCUGAGUUUUUAUCUUUGUAUGAAACUGAAAGAUUAGUACAAGAACUUACCAAAAAUGGAAUUGAUACUCAUAAUAUUAUUGUAAAUCAGUUAUACUUAAAUAAUGGAGAUUCUGAUCCUAAUUGCAAAAAGUGUUCAUCUCGACGUGCUUUGCAACAUACAUAUCUUCAACAGAUCAAUGAUUUAUAUCUCGACUUUCAUGUAACAAAACUUCCACUAUUAGAAAAAGAAGUGAGGGGCGUUAAAGAUCUAUCUGAAUUUUCUAAGUAUCUAGUAAUUCCAAAUUAUGCCUUUCAAAAAAAUUAAUUUUUUAUCAAAUAUUAACUAUUUUACUUGUAAAGUUAUAUAAAAUAUUCUAAAAUGAUUAUUGUAAAAAAAGGUUUUAGUUGUUAAACCUUGUUGGCAUUUUGUUUAAAAUUACUGUUUUAUUUGUAUAUUAAAAGAAAAAAUCAAUGUUUUUU